AACCAGGGCAUCGAGGCCGCGAUGGACUGGCUCAUGGAGCACGAGGACGACCCCGAGGCAGACGAGCCGCCGCCUUCGCCGCUGCCGGGCCCGUGCGGGAGCACCCUGGGCCGGGAGCCGGGACCGGAAGGACCGGAGGCGGCUGCCGGAGAGAGGAGGCCCGUCCUGACCGAAGAGGAGCGACAGGAACAGACCAAGAGGAUGAUGGAACUGGUGGCCCAGAAGCAGCGGGAACGGGAAGAAAGGGAGGAGCGGGAGGCCUUGGAACGAGAAAGGCAGCGCAGAAGACAAGGGCAAGAGCUGACAGCUGCUCGACAGAAACUUCAGGAAGAUGAGAUGCGAAGGGCCGCUGAGGAGCGGAGGAGGGAAAAGGCUGAAGAGUUAGCAGCCAGACAGAGGGUUCGAGAAAAGAUAGAAAGGGACAAAGCAGAGAGAGCUAAGAAGUACGGUGGUAGUAUGAGUUGUCAGCCAUCCCUGCCAGCAACAGAGCCAGGUCCUGUUCCUUCUCCCAGCCAGGAGCCUCCCACCAAGCGGGAGUAUGACCAGUGUCGCAUCCAGGUCAGGCUGCCAGAUGGGACCUCACUGACCCAGACGUUCCAAGCCCGGGAACAGCUGGCGGCUGUGAGGCUGUACGUGGAGCUACACCGUGGGGGAGAGCCCGGAGGAACCCAGGACCCUGUGCAGCUGCUCAGUGGCUUCCCCAGACGGGCCUUCUCUGAGGCUGACAUGGAGCGGCCCCUGCAGGAGCUGGGACUUGUGCCUUCUGCUGUACUCAUUGUGGCCAAGAAAUGUCCCAGCUGAAGAACCUUAUCCCACCAUCCUUGACCUACAUCUUUGUUAAGGCACUGACAUCUUCCUCUUAAUAAAUGGACUGUGUUCUGUA